UUUUAAAUAAAGUGGUUUAUUUUCAUAAAAUUGGCAGAACGUUGUAACUUUUUUAGUUCUCUUUUCAGGAAAACUUUUGCCUCGUUGAGCUGAUAGUGUUUUAUAACAUUCACGGCAUCGUUUUCGGGACUGUCUUGCGGUUCCAGGAUAUUACUGAGGAAAAUGUAUAUUUCUUCUGGGUGCUUGCGGUUCUGUAGACAUUUCAUCCAGGAGGCAAUCUAUAAUAAGUUCUCUAAAUUUUAAAACAUCGUACUGCUUGGUACCCAAUUUCUUAUGAAUCUAUUUACCGUUCUAGGAGCCGUCAAAUGAAACUGACUACUAAAAACUGCGCCGUUCUCAAAGUGUUAACCAUUCUAUUCCUCUUGAAUUUCACGUAGAAUGUCAGUGGAACUCUUUUUUUGGUCUCCUCUGGAGAUAGUAGCAAUUAGCUGUCGCACUCAUUCACCUUCUAUAUCGUAAGGACUUUACUAUUUGGGAAAAAAUGAACAGAACUUCAACUGCACUACUAAAAAACUGAUCGAAUUUGGUAGUAAAUAAAGUAACACAAACAAUGCAAGGCUUUUAGGAAUGUAAAUAAGUAAAUAUCAAAACAUUUGACCAUUUUACUUAUCAGCACCUUACAAAACGGAUCAUUUCUAAUUAGCUGUCAACAGUUGUAUGUACAUACAUCAGUUGCUCGUUAGCCCCUUAACAAUUCAGCUGACAUUAAAUAACUAAACACAUUCUAUGUGUUUCCCAAUGAUAACCUGAAUGAUAAUUAUUCAGUAUGAUUUCCGAAAAUGUUUCAAUAAAGAAUAUACCUGCUCCUUUGUGCCCAAAUUGAGCAUAACAAUCAAAACUAAAUACGAGAAUAAUAAUGGCUGCUCAGAAAACUGUCUGGGACUUAUCGAAGAGGAAUUACAGACGCGCUUAUUGGAGGAAGUCGACAUUGCAUUUGAUGAGCUUUCCAAUCAGAAUCUUUAUAAAAAGGAGGAGGAUCCCAAAUUUUUCAAAUCUGAGAAAACAGGUCGCGGUCCUCUCAUAGAGGGCUGGAGAAGCAUGGAUGAGCCCAUUAUGUGUUCCUACAAACUGGUAAAUGCUUCCUUCGAAGUUUGGGGUUUACAAACCAAGGUAGAAGAUUUUAUACAACGUAGCAUACGCGAUGUUCUGUUAUUGGGUCAUAGACAGGCAUUUACAUGGAUUGACGAGUGGUAUGACAUGACUUUGGCCGAUGUGCGUGCAUUUGAAAGACAAAAGCAAGCUGAAACAAAUGAAAAAUUAAAAGCAACUGACGAUAAUUGAUAUGCGAAAUCAACAAGUGUCCUGGGAAAACGCUUAAAACAAAACAAAUUAAGAGUUUAAGGAGUGAAAACAGAAGGAAGUGUAAGAAUUUAGGACGGUUAAUAUAACCUUUGAGUCAUCAAAGGAUAAUACUAGUCCUCAGAAGAAAAUGUUAUGGCUUACUGAAAAAGUUAAAAAGCAAAUGCUUGAUUAAAGAGCUUGAAGAAAUAGAUAAAACAUAUAAUUACUCAGGAAAUUAAUGUUCUAAAUUACGAAAACGAGCAUUUAGCGUUUUCACAAAAGAUUGGUGAUAACUACCAUAUUGAUUAUUUUAAGUAAAAAUUCGUUAUUGAAUUACACAUAAGAUCAGAUAACAACAUAUUUCACUACUGUCACACAUCCAUUUAACUUGGCAACAUUUUUUUUAAUUUAAAAAAUAUUAGUUUCGAAAGUGAAAAUGCUUUUUUGAGUUAUUUUUACUCUUUAAAUAUAUACAUUUUCCCAACUACGAAAUUAUUUUGAAUAUACUAUGUUAUGUCUGUACAUGUUUAGUGCAGAAGUAAUUUUAGUUUUGAAAUGAGUAAUCAAGCAAAAUGAAUUGUUAACUUAUUUUGAGUCUAAACUGAAAAUAAUAGAACCCAAAUGUUAGUUUGAAUUUUACUAGCCAUAUAGUAUACACAUGUACAUAUUUUAUUUUUAGUAAAAACAAACAAUUUAACUACAAAGGCAUAUUUAAAAAAAAGGAAUUUUUUUUUUAUUUAUUUAUAAAAGCUUAUACAAUGUUAAUAACAUAUGUACAACCUAAAACAUGCAGCGCUAGCUUCAGAGACUAUCGGCUGUCCGUUGAAUAAAUGUGUUGGUUUAAAUUCUCCUCAAUAGAUCACAUUCUUU